AUGGCUGCACGAGCGCUGACCGCUGCCGGCCGCCGGGUGGCCGGCCAGAGCCAGACCAGGCCUACGCCUUUUCUCGCCUCCUCCAGGAGCGGGGCCAGCAUGAACCACUCCUCGGCCAGCGCGCAGCGUGAGGACGAGCGCGGGGACGCCCAUGGUCCGGCGGCGGAGGCGAUGACCGGGGCGCAGGUGGAGGCCGCGCUGAACCGCAAGAACGUCGAGGUGCUCCAGGGCGAGGAGGAGCAGGUCGCCACGGUGCUGCCGGACGAGACCAUCGGCGAGGACGCAUCUGACCUAGUGAUAAUCAGUUUAUUAUCAGUAAACAAGAUGAUAGAAUUUUCAGUAAAAGCUGGCGAUGUCAAAGCUGUAUGCAAUUAUAGUCGAGCACUCAACACUGCAAUUGAUGAACACAGUGGGACUUCUGGCACUCUGCAGACACCAUCUUCAGAAUGGGCGAAAAAUUCAAAGAAAUUGUAA